UUAUCUUUUGCAGAUAAAAAAGAAAGAAAAAAUAAUUUUAUAUGGGUCCACAUGAAAUUCUGUUGAAGUCUGAACUCUAAAGUCUGUGUCGAUAUGGAGUUCUAUUUAUUCAAGUAUUUCUUUGGAUGAUCGAGAUUUUGGGCACCACUAACUUGCCCUUUACACCACAGAAUUGAAGCUGCGAGGAUUGCUGUCACACUAACUAUUAAAUUACAAAGUGGAAGAAGUUUAUCACCUGUUGCUGUGAGGCUCAUUUAUGACUAUUAUGGACCUGAAAGGUAUAACAUGGGUUGGUGACAUUUAUCUGAAAUUUGAAGCUAGGUUGCUGGAAGUGGAAGAAAUUAUGCGUGAGGCAGCUGAAUUCGAAUGGCCUGCAAGAGCAGUGCAGUUUCCUCCCAAGUUGCAAAUGUACUGUUGUGGCUUUUUUAUGAGAUUGGCCUUUAUCAUUUUUCUGUUUCAAUUAUUUCCAUGGAAAGAGAUUCAUGAUGAUCUCCUUUGAGCUCUUAUCCGGUGUGCAUUCCACUCUGUGCAUUACCUAUUUAUGGUCCCCAUCCAAUUAUUGAUGGCUUGAUUGAUAUUUUAUUGGGAUUUGAGUAAUUGACUGUCUAAAGCUAAUUGCCCCUGGCUACUUUUCUGAUUUUGGAUUUAGGCUUGGUUGUUGUGGUUGUUGUUUCGGACAGGAAGCAGUAAAAUAUGUCGAAAACCAGAUGCAGACUGUUAGUAAUAAUGUGAGGAAAUUCUACUCGGAUGUCAUGCAAGAUUUGUGCUCUCCAGAUUCAGAGGAUCCUGCAAAUGGGGCAGUCUCCAAAUUUCCUGUAGAUUCGGGAGCUGAUGUUGGGAUCUAUAUGAAGCCAGAAGAUGGUAUGGAAGAAAAAUGUGGAAAGGCUGAUGAUCCUGAGCAAUUGGCUGAGGAUCCGAAGAUGACUGCUGAUUCUGGUUCUGAUUGUCUCCCACUGCGUAGAAGGAUUACUGUGAGAAGAAUUUCAAGGCAGCAUAGUAAAGGAAGUCUGUCCAAUAAAUCAAACCUAGAUACUGAUAAAAACUCUAACUGCAAUAAUGUGUCUCCAAAUGAGAUAUCAGGAACUACCACUCUUUCGAGUAAAUUUUCAUCAAAUGUUGAACUGUCUGAUCAAAAUCUGGAAGCAUCUUGUGAUCAGACAGCAAGACUUGCAACUCCAGGGUGUGUUGAAGUUACAGAUCAUUUCUCCAUGGAAGAAAGUAAAAAUGAGAUAAAAAAUGCAAGCAAACACGUGCCAGAGAUCUCAUUCAAUAAACCAUCAUUGGAUAUGGUUAAUAUCACUGAAACUGGCAGGCAUGAAGGAACAGACAGUAGACCUUCCAGCAGAAACCUAUUAGAAGAAUCAAAUGGUGUUUGCAUAAGCAAUGAGUUUGUUUCUAUGAUAGAAUCUGCUGCAAAUGGGAAUAUGCAGACUAACAAAUUUGCUUAUGAGGAGGAUUUUGUGUCUAAUUCAGAUGAAUGGGGAAUAGAAUCGGAUGAAGAUGGUACAAUCAUUGACGAGGGUAUGGAAAUCAUUCGAGCGGACAAGGCUAGGCUUGAGGAAGUAUGUGUUUUGGUGAAUGUAGAUGAAUUUCAUCAUGUUCCCCGUGAAGGCAAAAACAGGCCUUACAAGAAGAUUCGGGAUGUUUUUCGUUCAAGAAAGAGGUCAGUGAUGAAGGAAUAUGAGCAGCUUGCUGCACAGUGCAGCAGCGAUUCAAAAUCCAAAGAAGAAGAGAGUAUAACAAGUUUAAUGCCAACUCUUUCUAUAAAGGAAGCAAACAGAUCCUUAUCUCAUGAUCCUUCAGAAUCAGAGUGGGAGCUUGUCUAGAUAACAGCAGUAAUUAGGGAGUAAAUUUGCAACUUUGAGGAUGGAGGGAAACAAUUCCUUCAACCCUCUGAGGUUUAGUUUGGAACUCAAGGCACAAAGACCAUGCAUGUAAAUAGAACUUGCGUCCCCAUAAUUUGAGGACAGCAUAAAAUAACUAUAUAUAAAUUCACAACUUUCAUAA